AACCGCCUCAGUGGACUUCAGUCCAGAACUCUUGACCCAGCAGAAUCAGAAUAUCCGACCACAAUCAGUGGGAACUCUGAGGCUUGAAGUGGGUCCAAAUGCAAAUCUCAAACCAGACCUGGUGAUCUGAGUUCUUUUGGACCCGGUUAAGUAACCAGACCUGCUGCAGUCAGGGGUAUGUGACUCAAUCUCAAGAUAAAUCAGAACCAGCAGUUUGGACCCAGUUCUUUAUUAUUGCUGGUCAAAAGAAACAUAAAACCAUCUAAAGCUGCUGGGAGUAUGAAUAAUUUUGGGUUUUGCAAGCCGUUAGAAAAGCUGAACGGGUCAGAGGUCCAGAACUUCAGUGGUUCUGAAAGGUAAAGCCCAGCCUGGGUCAGAGGUCAUGUUUCUGAACGACUCUACUGGAACUGGAUGAAGGGGAUUAGUCGGUACCGCUCCUUUCAAACACCUGUUUCAGAACCACAAAUUGGAUUUAAGUGUUAAAACUGGACCCAGCAGGUUCUGUUCGGGUCGAAACGCAGAUUCUAACCUGUUGCAGGUUUUUAUGUUAAUUAUUUGAACCUGUUAGUGACGUCAUCGCGGUUUGGUUCGCAGCUCUGAGGUUCUGAUCCGGUCAGCAUCAUUCAGAACCAGCCGGGGCUUUUGCUUUGAAGGGACCGGAAAGGGCUCCGCAGGUUACAGCAGCUUCCGGUUUCUCUGGAGCCGCACGUCCACGUCAGGGUGAAGUAGAGCCGACACAAACAAGCCGGAGCAGAACCGAACCGAACAGUGGCACCAUGGCGGACGAGGCCACGCGCAGAGCCGUGUCGCAGAUCCCGCUCCUGAAGACGCACGCGGGCCCGCGGGAGCGCGCGCUGUGGCCGCAGCGGCUGAAGGAGGAGUACCAGGCUCUGAUCCGGUUCGUAGAACAGAACAAGGCCGCCGACAAUGACUGGUUCCGGCUGGAGUCCAACCUGGAUGGCACGCGCUGGACUGGUACCUGCUGGUUCGUACAUGAGCUACUGCGCUACGAGUUUCGUGUGGAGUUCGACAUCCCGGUGACGUACCCGGAAACAGCGCCGGAAGUAGCGGUUCCGGAGCUGGACGGGAAGACCGCCAAGAUGUUCCGAGGCGGGAAGAUCUGCCUGACCGAGCACUUCGCCCCACUGUGGGCGCGCAAUGUGCCGCGCUUCGGGCUCGCGCACCUCAUGGCGCUCGGGCUCGCGCCUUGGCUGGCCGUGGAAGUUCCGGACCUGAUCAACAAAGGUCACGUGGUCCACAAGGAGAAGCCGCGUGAUGUGGCGGAAUGACGUCAGAGGUGACGUAUGGACAUGGUUCCGGUUCUGGAACUGUCAGCUGGAACCAAAGUCCUACAGAAACAACACUUCCGGUUCUGCUGUGAGAAUGAUUGUACAGAAAAUAAAGUUCUGGUUCCGAG